GCAAACUACCAUGCCAUUCUGUUAGCCAGAGACUCCUUUUUGUUGAAGACAGAGUAUUUAUCCACCAUAAAACAGAUCCUGCAGUGAUAAAGCUCUUGAUAUCCAUGGGGAUAUCAACUAUCCAUAGAGGGGAUGCAAACGAAGAAGAACAUGAAAUGUUAUACUUCAAAAGAAUGGCUGAAUACUCUUGUGAUGAUUUACUGUUACCAGUCAUAAUAUCGAUGGGGAAUGGAAAAUCUACCAAAGAGGUUCUUCAGUAUGCUUCUAAAAAGAAAAUACCUAUUGUGUAUUUCAAGAAAGAUACAGAAAAAGGACACGAUGCAUUUGUCUUGACUCCAGAUGAAGAGUUUAAAGAAACUUUCAAAGCAACAGAACAUCGAUUUGAUUUACGUACACCAUGGAAAAGACAAAGGGUUGAAAGAAGAGUGAUUGAAACAAAAGAAGACGGUGGAGAAGAAGAAAACGAGAUAUCCUCCCUUAACGAGAUCAAGCUGAAGCAGAACUUAUCUUUGGAUGCAGUUAUCUGCUAUUUACUCAUUGGGGUUUCUAUGGAAUCAAAUACAAAUGACAAACUAUUCGGAUCUUCGAGUGAGGUAUACCCAAAUGCAUUGUGCAUGUACCUGUUGAAAGAAGGAAAGUGGAAGAUACCAAAAGAUGUGAUAAAGAAAUCCUUCAGCCACAAGUCUCUCGAGUAUAUCACUGAAGAGAGCAUGACAGAGAAGUUUGAGAAAGGUCUUUGGAAAGAGUUACAGGAAAUUUCUGGAGAUGCCUAUCAACCUCCAGCCUGGGUUAAAAUGAAUAAUGACCCACAGGAACAUAAAUUAGAUGUUACUAUAUCAGAUCUAUAUGGUUUGAUAUUCUAUGCUCUGCUUUUUCGUAAAUUCUACCACGGAGCUAAACAACUUCUUGAAACGGGGUGUGUACGCAUUCGGCAUAUCUUGGUCGGGUGUGUGAUUUUGCAAAAAGAAGAAAAUAACUGGCAGACAAGUCAGCUAGAGAAAGAACAGUUACAGCAAAUGCAUAAGACAUUCUCCCACCAUGCACUGCGCAUCAUAAGCUGUAUCCAUGACGCAGAUAAUCGGAGUACAACAAAAAAGAGCAGGGAUGAUGGGCCACUUGGAGAUCCAGAUCUACACUCCGGGCGUCUACUGUUAAAUCAUGGUUAUCUGAAAGAUGCCAUUAAAACGGAAAACAAAACAUUUUUGGAUAAUGAAGUUGUAAAAGAUAUCCUGAAUGAAAAGUGGUAUGGAAACAACAAACUGACCAUACGUACGAUAUUGGGGUUUCUCAGUUUCUCUCUUUUGCAUUUUGCGCUGCUACCAGUUCUCAUGUUCACGAUGGAAGGCCCCCCCUUUGAAAGGAUUUAUGAAGUUUACAACAUCCCUUUCAUGAAGGUGUUGAAUAACUUGGUUGGAUUUUUUUCUCUUCUGCUUGGGUAUGCGUAUAUGUUAUUGUUCAACCAUGAAGAAGACAUUUCAUACGCUGAUAUAUUUCUUAUGGUGUGGAUUGGAAGCUUUCUCAUUGAUGAGACAAAACAGAUUAUUAUUGCCGUCCGGAGAAACAAAUUUCGCAUAUAUAUUCGGGAUCCAUGGAACAUUCUUGACUGGCUCUCCAUGAUUACAUACACAUGUGGAAUGUUAUUGAAAAGUGGAAGUGGACUGAACUAUUUCAAUGCCUCUAAGAUAUUCCUUGUCUUGGCUUUCAUUUUGCUAAGUAUUCGAGUUCUUAACCUUUUCUGCAUUUCAGAGCUUCUAGGACCAAAACUUGUCAUCAUACAAAAAAUGUUCAUCGAUACAUUCGCUUUUAUGGCAGUUAUGACAGUUAUUACAAUGUGCUACAAUGUUUCGUAUUUCGCCAUCUUGUAUCAUGACAAUUCGGACUUCAGCUUCGAUACAUUAGAAAAAGUAACAAGGAACGGUUACUGGAUGCUUUUUGGAGAACUUAACUUGGAAGGAGAUAGGGUAACUGAACCUGACUGCUCAUUUGAUGAAGCCAUAUAUUCCAGUGGAGCUUUGGAGAGAUGUCCGUCCUCACUUGGGAGAUUCUUAGCGCCAUAUCUGAAGGCUCUAUACGUAUUAGUAGCUGUAAUUCUCAUGUUAAACCUAUUGAUUGCCAUGUACAGCUACACAUUUUCAGAGGUUCACGUGAAAUCAAAGUUUUAUUGGUCCCAACUACAGACCAACUUUCUGGAGGAAUACAGUUUAAAGCCAAUAUUUCCCUUCCAUAUGCAAUGGCUAGCGAUGGUGUUCUGCUUUAUCCAUUUUCUAAUCUGGAAAGUACGUAUGAAGGAUAUUGCAUUUUGUAAAAAUGAGAAUGAUUCAGAUGCGUCUACUAUCCGGCAUUCGACAUCUAACAAAGAGGAGGCAGAUGAUAAACUCAACGAUAGUCCUGUGUUUGUCAGAGUAUUUUUAUAUGACACCAAUUUUGACGUGAAGUUGAAGAAAACAAGGGAAGCAGAAGGUCAUGCUGCAUUGAAGGCUAAAAGAGAGAUGGAUAUUGCGGAAAAGGACAAAAUAAUGGUCUUAAAAGAAAAAAUCCAAAAAAUGAAAACAGAUUUUAAAACUAGUAAUGAAAAGAUGAUGGAAGAACUGAAAAAAAUAUCCAAAAAAAUGGACCAGCAAGGCAAGGACAUAAAAAGGAUACAAAGUAAAGUGGGUACUUCGCGACGAUCAAGUAUCUCCUCCACCAGUUCUUACGGCAAGGACAGAGAAAGACAACAUAGCAAACAGAGUUCUUCUCGACGAUCGAGUAUCUCGUCCUCCAGUUCCACCAGUUCUGACGAUUCGUUAUAAACCAAAAACCAACAGAACCAGGAUAGAAGUUAUAUUGAAUUUAAUUUUUUCAGACAUUUUGUGAUCCAUUAUUAUAUUAGUGUAUAUGUGGUGUUGGUUUUAUAAUAAUGCACUCAGUAUACUGCCAAUAGUUAGUGCUGUUAUGUUCAUAUUAAUUUAUCCUAGAGCAGUUAUACUGAGUUAAGGACUAUAUUGAUUUAUGUUAUAAUGAUGUCGAUAUUGUCAACAGUAAUGCGGCAAUGCGCAUGUGUUUAGUGAUAUGCAUUGAUAUAUCAUGGUGAUAUACCAUAGGCUACAGUCUAUACGUUUUCUAAAUACCGAUCAUUUAAUCAUUAUACUGUAAAUAAACGACCCAAAUAGGUGGCUAUUUUUUGGACAAUGUUAUCUUGCAUUACAUUGUACAAACUAUAUUAUGUGACGUCACAGUUUUCUACCCAAAUUUGAAUUGAAAGACAAUGAAAUUGGUAUGCCUUAACUUAGCUGCGUGUCUGUCGUUGUAAGAUGUCGACAUUGCAGUGUAGGAGUAUAUAGUGCUCAAAUGUUAGGAAAAGAAUUGUAACAAGUACCUGAGUAAAAAUAUGUUGUAUUGUCAUAGCCUGCAUCAAAUUUAAUACACAUAUAAACUUUAUUUACUAAACAUGGUUUGGUUCUUAUCUCAUCUUAUCUCCUUCCCUACAUAUACAAUAAUAACAUAUUGUGAGUGUAUCUUAUAAAUCAUUACAACAUUUACAAGGCUUUAGAUUAUAAAAUAUUUCAGACAAAAUGGUUUCGUUGUAAAUGUGUCUACAGACGAUGGUGUACAACUCUACAUCAUCGUCUGUUCACACGCUGACAACGAAACCAUUUUCCUCAAUUCAGUACAUUAGUGUAUCAGUCUUGUUAACAAUGUAGAUUACUGAUAUUUGUCGUUUUUCGUGGUGUGGAUAUUUGUGUAAUAUUAUGUAAUAUAUGAUUCUCUUCAUAAAGACGCGGGUUGCGUCGAAAAUUUGAGCUUUAAAUAGUCAACAGUGUCAUGGUUUUUUCAGUGCUGUCAUGGUCUCCCGCUCGCGCCAUUAAGUGAGCAAGUUUCCCAGUUUGGCGCCCAGAUAACUGAAGGAUUGUUGAGUGUGGCGGAAAACACACACACACACACACACACACACACACACACACACACAUAUAUAUAUAUAUAUAUAUAUAUAUAUAUAUAUAUAAAGCACAGAAAUAGCAAUGGACUCUUAAAUGAACAUAACUGCCCUAAGUGAAGAAAUUAUUAAUAUAAAGCACAGAAAAUUUCACUUUAUGUGGAUACCCAUUUCCGUCUGUCAUGCCCUUCUGUACAAUAAAUUCUAUACAAACGAAAGAAAGUUUUCGUAACUAUCUUGUAUCAUGAAUAUUCAUGAUAUAAUUGUGCAACUGGCACGCGAUGUGACGACAUAAGUCUGGGGUAGUAGGAACGAAAAUCGCUACAUUCGAUAUGGAAAUCGGUGAUACUGACUUUUUAGAAUUUCAAAAUGAUUUGGAUGACAUUACGUUAUCUUUAAUAGGCAUGGGAAUGGAUAAUAAAAAUUCUGGGAUGAGGAUUUAGUCACAAUAAGUAUUCCGUAGACUUUAGUUAGUUACAACACGUGCUUUUUGCAGUUGAGAAUUACUAUAAAUUCAUUUAUAUUGAUGUGUGAUAAGUCAACACAUCAGAACCUGCUUAAUUCAUUUGUGUGUUGCAUAUCUUAUGUUUUCAUAGUUGAAUAAAAUUUAAUAUUACAAAAUUGUUAUUUUUCUUUGUUC